AUGAGCCCUCUGGCUAGCCAAGCCCCUCAAAUGAGGGCUGCUCCCAGAAGAGCACCUGCAUUUCAGCCUCCAGCAACAAGUGCACCCUCUGCAGUUGUCUCACCUGCAGCUGCACCCUGGCAGCCAGGCCUGAUGACCCAGAUGGCAACCACUGCAGCAAGUAUGGCUGUGGGCUCUGCGGUGGGGCACACCUUGGGUCGCACCAUUACUGGGGGCUUCAGUGGAGGAGGUAACACUGAGCUUGCAAAGCCUGACAUCACUUACCAGGAGCCUCAGGGAUCCCAGUUGCUGCGCCAGUGGUCUUGUGGGCCUUGCUCUCUUGAGAUCAAGCAGUUUCUGGAGUUUGCCCAGAAUCCGAGAGAGGUCAAGCUGUGUGAGAGCUUCAAAGAGGUGCUGUGGCUGUGCAGAUAUUUUAAUUGCUGA